UUGACAGUUUCUAAGCUGAGCUGGAACUUGGAUUUUAACACUCCCGAGCAGUGUUUUUUUUUUUUUCUUUCCCCGCCUGUGUCAGAAGCCUUGAACAAACAGAGGAAAUAAGGAAAAAAAAAAAAAAAAGAACGGGAUGGGGGAAGAAAUACUUCCCAAGACCAUCCCACACCUGCACAACAGAGAGGACAAACCAUCAGAGACCAAGAUGAUGGUGGAAAAGCCCAAAACUCCAUCUGUGGCACAGCUAGCAGGAAAAUUCCAAGAGCAACCAUCACUUUCUGGAAAGGAGGUCCCAGCUAGUAAACCAACACGCAGAAAGCCACCUUGUUCUCUUCCCCUCCACACGAAUAAGAUGGAGCUAGGACAGAAUGGUGAGCUA